GGCCUGGCCGGCUGACCCCCAAAGAAAAACCCGCCUAUAUAUACAUGCACACACUAACCUACGCUAACCCAACACAACACAAGACAACGAGCCACACAACACAAACACACGCGAUCAUUAGUUACCUUGGCUGCUCCAGCAAUGGCAGUGACGGUCGAAAUCACGCAGAGCACGGUGCUCGAGCCCUCCCGGGAGUCGGCCCGCGGCGGCGGCAAGAAGGUGCCUCUCACUGUCUUCGACCGCGCCUCCACCGACGGGUAUAUCCCGGCCGUCUUCGCUUGGAACGCGCCGGCGCCCACCAACGACGCGCUCAAGGCCGGCCUCGUCGCCGCCGUCGCCAGGUUCCCGCACCUCGCCGGGAGGUUCGCUGCGGACGACCACGGCCGGAAGUGCUUCCACCUCAACGACGCCGGUGUGCUUGUUCUCGAGGCCACCGCGGACACCGACCUUGCCGACGCGUUGGCGCACGACGUGUCCGCGCACAUCAACGAGCUCUACCCGAAGGCCGAAAAGGAACGUGCGAAUGAGCCCAUCUUCCAGGCGCAGCUGACGAGGUACGCGUGCGGCGGUCUGGUGAUCGGCACCGCCUGCCAUCACCAGGUCGCCGACGGUCAGUCCAUGAGCGUCUUCUACACCGCUUGGGCCAGCGCCGUCCGCACCGACUCGGCAGUCCUCACGUCGCCGUUCGUCGAUCGCUCGGCCACCGUUGUCCCACGAAGCCCACCGACGCCGGCGUAUGAUCACCGGAAUAUAGAGUUCAAGGGCGAGCUCAGCUGGAGCCACUCCUAUGGUGUCCUCCCCAUGGACAGGAUCAAGAACCUGGCUGUGCACUUCCCGGAUGAGUUCAUCGCCGACCUCAAGGCCCGAGUGGGCACGCGCUGUAGCACGUUUCAGUGCCUCCUUGCGCACGCGUGGAAGAAGAUCACGGCGGCGCGGGAUCUGGCGCCGGAUGAUUUCACGCAGGUGAGGGUCGCCGUCAACUGCCGCGGCCGCGCAAAGCCUCCCGUGCCCAUGGACUUCUUCGGGAACAUGGUGCUCUGGGCGUUCCCGAGGAUGCAGGUUCGGGACCUCCUGUCCAGCAGCUACCCAGUGGUGGUCUCCGCCAUCCGGGACGCCGUCGCGCUCGUCGAUGACGAGUACAUCCAGUCGUUUAUCGACUUCGGGGAGGCGGAGCGCGGCGUGAUUGAAGACGGCGGCGAGGAGCUGGCGUCGACGGCAGCGACGCCGGGCACAAUGUUUUGCCCUGACCUGGAGGUUGACAGCUGGCUCGGGUUCCGCUUCCACGACCUCGACUUUGGCUGCGGGCCGCCCUGCGCCUUCCUACCGCCGGACCUGCCCAUCGAAGGAAUAAUGAUCUUUGUGCCGUCCUGCGACGCCAAGGGCGGUGUCGACCUCUUCAUGGCGCUCGAUGACGAACACGUCCAGGCCUUCAAGCAGAUAUGCUACUCCAUGGAAUAACCAUGCAACGUACACGUAUAGAUUUUUUUUUUUUUUUUGCGAAUAAUACACAUAUAGAUAUGUACACGAGUAACACUACAAAAGUGUAGUAUGUACCUGCUCCUAAACCGAGUGAAUUGCAGAAAACAUCGACAUUGAAGGCUAGGGUUGCAGAAACCACAAUUUUAUAGUUUUAUGCCAAAAAUCACUAAUUCCGAGGCUACUUUUUUGCAAAAAACACUAGUCGAUGGCUUAGGUCGUUUUGAGCACGAUUAUGACAAGUGGGUCCCGGUGGAUAGGGUGACGUGGCAGGACAUAACAGAUCACAAAUAGAUAGAACAUCAUAGACUAUACUGUAAAAGGGCAUAAGAAAGAUAAAAUCAUCUUUUCAUAAAAGAAAAAAGAAAGAGGAGGGAAUCGUGA